AUGAAGCAGAAAGUUGCCACCCUGCAGGCCCAACGACAAGAACAACAAAUCGGAUUUGAAAAAGCCAAGCGACAGGCGCUGCAGGAAGGGCAGAAUGAGAAGAGGGCUUUAACUGAGGCACUGCUCCAAACUCGAGGAGACCUCAGCCAAGCGUGCCAGCAGGUGGAAGAGUUGACAGCUCAGCUGGCAGCCUCCCGAGAGUUCCAGGAAAGCACAGUCCAGAGAGCCCAGCAAGAUGUGAGUGAGGCCCAGGAACAAUUACGGCAGAAGAUCUUGGAGACUGAAGACAUCCAGAAGAGGCUGGAGGAGGCAGAAGAUCAGAAGAAGAAGCACCAAAUGCAGCUACAGCUAAUGGACAAGAAAUGGAAACAAUGGGAAGAAGUGGCACGCCAAAAUUCAGAACUGCAUGCUUUUGUGACUUCCCUAAAGAGAGAAAAUGACAGGCUGAUUCUGUCUCUGGAGAAAAAGAACGUGUGCCUCAGAUCACUGGAAGAGAAGAACGUGGCACUGAACAAUCAGGUGUCUCAGUUUCAUUCUGCUCUUCAGCAGGCUGAACACCUCUCUUCAAGCCGUGCAGGACAACUGCAGGAGCUCAACAGCCAGGUUGAGAUGUCUGAGCUGUGUCUGAGGCUCCAGAGCUCUGAGCAAAGAGCAGAGACCAUGGCCACACACUGUGAGGCCAUGGAGAUGGAGCUGAGGAUGGCUCAGGCUGACAACAACCAAAUCAAGGCCUGCAAUCAGGAGCUGCAGACACUGUUGGAGGAAACUCAGCAAGCAGUAUGGAGGGCAGAACAGCAGAUGACCUCUCUAGAAACUGCCUUGAAGGAAGAGGCUGUGACACUUCGUCAGGAGGUGGCAUCACUGCAGAGGAAAUUGGAGAGCCAGGAGGAGGAAAGGAAGGAUCUUCUGCAUGAACGGGAAUUGUACGAACAGCAGCUGAGAGACCUGGAAAAGAAGAAGGGAAUGGGUGCACCUGACGCACAGAGUCGGAAGAAGAUAACCCAGGAAUUGGAAGUGGAGAGGGAAGACAUGCAAGAAGUUUUGGACCAUGGGACUGCUGCUGCCUUGAAGAAGAGAGGAAGAGAAGAAAUCAAAGGGACAGAGAAUGGACAACUCCAGACUUGGGCACAGAGGAAGAGAGAAAUGGCCAAAGGGACUUUGAAGAAAAACUUCGUAAUCCUGGAGAGAAAAUCUCCUGACAACAGCAUAGGCCAGUCUCAUCUCCAGGUGCUGCAGGAAGGGCAGAAUGAGAAGAGGGCUUUAACUGAGGCACUGCUCCAAACUCGAGGAGACCUCAGCCAAGCGUGCCAGCAGGUGGAAGAGUUGACAGCUCAGCUGGCAGCCUCCAGAGAGUUCCAGGAAAGCACAGUCCAGAGAGCCCAGCAGGAUGUGAGUGAAGCCCAGGAAGAGUUACAGCAGAAGAUCUUGGAGACCGAAGACAUCCAGAAGAGGCUGGAGGAGGCAGAAGAUCAGAAAAAGGAGCUCCAAAUGCAGCUACAGCUAAUGGACAAGAAAUGGAAACAAUGGGAAGAAGUGGCACGCCAAAAUUCAGAACUGCAAGCAUUCAUGCAGCUCCUAGACAGUGAAAAUAACAGGCUGAUUCUGUCUCUGGAGAAAAAGAACGUGUGCCUCAGAUCACUGGAAGAGAAGAACGUGGCACUGAACAAUCAGCUCUCUCAGCUUCAUUCUGCUCUUCAGCAGGCUGAACACCUCUCUUCAAGCCAUGCAGGACAACUGCAGGAGCUCAACAGCCAGGUUGAGAUGUCUGAGCUGCGUCUGAGGCUCCAGAGCUCUGAGGAAAGAGCAGAGGCCAUGGCCACACACUGUGAGGCCAUGGAGAUGGAGCUGAGGAUGGCUCAGGCUGACUACAACCAAAUCAAGGCCUGCAAUCAGGAGCUGCAGACACUGUUGGAGGAAACUCAGCAAGCAGUAUGGAGGGCAGAACACCAGAAAAUCUUUCUAAGAACGGGCCUGAAGGAAGAGGCCACUGCCCUGAAGAAAGAGGCUGUGACUGUUCGUCAGGAGAUGGAAUAUCUUCGGAGGAAACUGGAGAGUCAGGAGAAGGAAAGGAAGGAUGUGCUGCAUGAACGGGAAUUGUACGAACAGCAGCUGAGAGUCCUGGAAAAGAAGAAGGGAAUGGGUGCACCUGACGCACAGAGUCGGAGGAAGAUAAGCCAGGAAUUGGAAGUGGAGAGGGAAGACAUGCAAGAAGUUUUGGACCAUGGGACUGCUGCUGCCUUGAAGAAGAGAGGAAGAGAAGAAAUCAAAGGGACAGAGAAUGGACAACUCCAGACUUGGGCACAGAGGAAGAGAGAAAUGGCCAAAGGGACUUUGAAGAAAAACUUCGUAAUCCUGGAGAGAAAAUCUCCUGACAACAGCAUAGGCCAGUCUCAUCUCCAGGUGCUGCAGGAAGGGCAGAAUGAGAAGAAGGCUUUAACUAAAGCACUGCUCCAAACUCGAGGAGACCUCAGCCAAGCGUGCCAGCAGGUGGAAGAGUUGACAUCUCAGCUGGCAGCCUCCCAAGAGUUCCAGGAAAGCACAGUCCAGAGAGCCCAGCAGGAUGUGAGUGAAGCCCAGGAACAAUUACAGCAGAAGAUCUUGGAGACCGAAGACAUCCAGAAGAGGCUGGAGGAGGUAGAAGAUCAGAAAAAGGAGCUCCAAAUGCAGCUACAGCUAAUGGACAAGAACUGGAAACAAUGGGAAGAAGUGGCACGCCAGAAUUCAGAACUGCAAGCAUUCGUGCAGCUCCUAGACAGUGAAAAUAACAGGCUGAUUCUGUCUCUGGAGAAAAAGAACGUGUGCCUCAGAUCACUGGAAGAGAAGAACGUGGCACUGAACAAUCAGCUCUCUCAGCUUCAUUCUGCUCUUCAGCAGGCUGAACACCUCUCUUCAAGCCAUGCAGGACAACUGCAGGAGCUCAACAGCCAGGUUGAGAUGUCUGAGCUGCGUCUGAGGCUCCAGAGCUCUGAGGAAAGAGCAGAGACCAUGGCCACACACUGUGAGGCCAUGGAGAUGGAGCUGAGGAUGGCUCAGGCUGACUACAACCAAAUCAAGGCCUGCAAUCAGGAGCUGCAGACACUGUUGGAGGAAACUCAGCAAGCAGUAUGGAGGGCAGAACACCAGAAAAUCUUUCUAAGAACGGGCCUGAAGGAUGAGGCCACUGCCCUGAAGAAAGAGGCUGUGACUGUUCGUCAGGAGAUGGAAUAUCUUCGGAGGAAACUGGAGAGUCAGGAGAAGGAAAGGAAGGAUGUGCUGCAUGAACGGGAAUUGUACGAACAGCAGCUGAGAGUCCUGGAAAAGAAGAAGGGAAUGGGUGCACCUGACGCACAGAGUCGGAAGAAGAUAAGCCAGGAAUUGGAAGUGGAGAGGGAAGACAUGCAAGAAGUUUUGGACCAUGGGACUGCUGCUGCCUUGAAGAAGAGAGGAAGAGAAGAAAUCAAAGGGACAGAGAAUGGACAACUCCAGACUUGGGCACAGAGGAAGAGAGAAAUGGCCAAAGGGACUUUGAAGAAAAACUUCGUAAUCCUGGAGAGAAAAUCUCCUGACAACAGCGUAGGCCAGUCUCAUCUCCAGGUGUCCCUGCUGCAGUCACAGCUGGCCCGAGACCGACAGCACCGGCAGAACUACAUUGAGAGCUGCUCAAGGACCAGCCAGGAGCUGUCAGACCUUCACCAGGAGCUGUCCUGCUCCUUUGCAGCUGUGCUGAAGGAGCCCAAAGCUGCUCUUGUGGAUGCAGAGACUUGA